AUGGUCUCCCAGAAACUGGAGUUUUCCGCUAGCAAAGGUUGGUUCUACAGGUUCAUUCGGAAGCACUCGAUAAGGAAUGUGCAGAUUAAAGGCGAAAGUGCAUCAGCAGACUUGAAGGCAGCCAAAUCAUAUCCAGCCGAGUUCAAACAGUUGAUCGAAGUUGAUGGUAAGUACCACCCCGAUCAGGUGUUUAAUGCGGAUGAGACUGGAGUGUUUUGGAAAAAAAUGCCGAGUAGGACCUAUGUGGCAAAGGCGGAAAAGUCGGCAUCUGGCUUCAAGGUUGCUAAAGACCGGAUUACAUUGCUUUUUUGUAGCAAUGCCUCAGGAGAUCGAAUGCUGAAACCACUGCUUUUGCAUAAAUCUUUACGCCCAAGAUCCAUGAAGUGUUUAAACUUCAAUGAUCUACCGGUACAUUGGAUGUCGAAUGCAAAAGCCUGGGUAACGCAGGAGAUUUUCAGGAGAUGGCUAGAAGAAUGCUUUGUGCCGGAAGUCAAACCUUAUCUUGCUAAAAAAGGACUGGAGUUUCGAGUGCUUCUCGUAAUUGACAACGCUCCUGGGCAUCUGCGCGUCGAGCACCCGAAUGUGCAAAUUGUAUUCCUUCCCCCGAAUACAACAUCUUUAAUCCAGCCGCUCGAUCAGGGCAUUAUCGCCACGUUCAAGAGGCAUUAUAUUAAAACUACCUUCCGCUACAUCUUGGAUGAAAUCGAUACAGGCAAUGCAUCGACCAUAAUAGAAGCGUGGAAGUAUUUUACAAUGCGUGAAUGCGUAGAAUCCAUUGAAGUUGCAGUGAAACUGUUGAAGAGGUCAACGUUAAAUGCCUGCUGGAAGCCAUUGUGGCCUGACUGUGUACAUUCAUCGAUGCCAGCAAGUAACGAAGAGGGCGAAAUACUUCUUCUAGCCCAUGCUGUUGGCGGUGAAGAAUUCAAUGAUUUUUCCACCGCAGAUAUUGUGGAAAUGUUAAGGGAACCAUUUUUCGAGGAUGAAGAUUUACUGGAUUAUGUGAAUAAUUCAGCAAAUAUUGAUCAUGACGAGGAAACGGAAUUCACCGAGAGCAAGAUUAAGGAAGGUUUGCAACUUGGUGAAACGCUUGCUGAUUUUUUUGUGACAAACGAUCCUUGUAUCGAGCCAGCUAUCUCCUUCCGUAACGAUCUAAGGCACUGUUUACUACGAUACACCGAGCUGGUAAAAUACGAGAAGAAAACUACCGAAAAUGAACAGCUAAACGGCGAGGAACCACAACCUGUCGAUAGCCCGUUGAAACGCCGACGAUGUGGUGUUAUCUACGAUAGCGAUUAA